CAGGCGUAAACCACGUACACCGAUCGCCGCUGUUUGUGCUAAAUGCUAGCGGCUUGGCUGACGGUCUGUCAAGUCAUACAUAUUGGGCUCGGUAGGGAAAGCUCAGCGGUGGAGAAGAAGGAGUACCCCAGCGCCGCUAAGAAAUGGCCGGCCAACAGUUCCAGUAUGAUGACAGCGGCAACACGUUUUUCUACUUCCUAACGUCCUUCGUUGGACUUAUUGUGAUCCCAGCCACAUAUUACCUCUGGCCCAGAGACCAGAAUGCUGAGCAACUGCGUCUGAAGAGCUUGAGGAGGGUCCAUGGCAGGUGUCUAUGGUACCGCCUGAGGUUGAUGAAAUCACAGCAGAGCAUUGUACCGACGUUAAAAAAAGCCGCCCUGUUAUUUGGCUGGGUUGUGUUUCUGCUCCUAGCCUACAAAGUGUCCAAGCUAGACAGAGAGUACCAGGAGUACAAUCCUUAUGAAGUCCUCCACCUUGACCCGGGUGCGACAACGUCGGAGAUCAAGAAACAGUACCAUCUCCUGUCGAAGAAGUUUCACCCUGACAAGGGUGGCGACGAAGCCGCCUUCAUGAUGAUCACCAAGGCCUACGCUGCCCUGACCAACGAACAGACGAAGAAGAACUGGGAGUUGUACGGCGACCCAGAUGGUCCAAGAGCCACCAAUUUUGGAAUCGCCCUGCCUGCAUGGAUUGUGGACCAAAAGAACUCUAUGCUGGUGCUCUUGGUUUACGGACUCGCCUUCAUGGUCAUCCUUCCCGUGGUCGUGGGCACAUGGUGGUACCGCUCCAUCCGCUACAGCGGAGACCAGAUCCUCAUCAACACCACGCAGCUCUUCAUGCACUUUAUGUACAAGACCCCCAACAUGAACAUGAAGCGGUUAGCCAUGGUGCUAACGGCAGCAUUUGAGUUCGACCCUCGCAGCAAUAAAGAAGCCACCAUACGACCGACGGACAACAUCGAGGUGCCCCAGCUGAUCAGGGAACUGGGGAACAUCAACGUGAAGAAGAAGGAGCCCCCGUUCUGCUACCCCUACAGCCUGAAGGCCAGGGUUCUGGUUCUGGCCCACCUGUCGCGCAUGGAGAUCUCUGAGGACCUGGAAGAGGACCAGAGGUUUGCGGUGCGGAAGAGCCCCGCUCUGCUCCAGGAGAUGGUCAACGUGGGCUGCCAACUCACAAUGAUGGCCAACAGCAGAGGGGGCUUCCACGCUCCCCGGCUGGUGUCCAUAGAGAACUGCAUGAAGCUGACCCAGAUGAUCGUGCAGGGCCUGCAGGAGACCAAGUCUCCUCUCCUUCAGCUGCCUCACUUUGACGAGGAGCACCUCCGCUACUGCGUCUCAAAGAAGUACAAGGUGCGGAGCCUGCAGGACCUGGUGAGUCUGAAGGACUCGGAGAGACGCAGCAUGCUGCGCUUCCUGGUCGAGGAGAAGUACGACGAGGUCAUCUCCGUGCUGGGGAGCUUCCCUCACAUCGCCAUGGAAACCAAACUGCAAGUUCUUGACGAUGAAGACAGCAACAACAUCACGGCAGGCUCCAUCGUGACAGUUACCGUCACCCUCACUAGGAAAAGAAUGGCGGAGGUGUUUGAGAAGGAGCAGGACGGUAGCCCGUGUCCCGGGGAGGAGGGGGCCAACACAGAGGAAGGGGCCGACGCCAGUAAAGCCAAGACCAAAGUCUGGCAGAACAACAAGAAGCAAGCCACAAAGAAGUCCAAGAAGAAGAAGCUCACCAAGAAGAAAGCCCCCGCCGCGGCGGCCACCGUCGCUGCUGCCGCCGCCGCCGCCGCCGCCGCCGCCGCGGUCGCCGCAGUCGCCGCCGCCGCCACCACCGCCCCCGCAUCCUCAAAAACCAAGCAGGCCAACGGCAGCGUGGCAGGAGGCGAUGCCGUGGCGGUCCCCAAGGAGGACGAUGAGGAGGGCUCGGACAAGGGCAGCGAGUCGGAUGAGGCAGAGGCCAAUAAGGACUCGCCCAGCGAGCGGGACGAAGAGAGCGACAAGCAGAGCGACACGGAGGUGGACGAGAUCGCCGGCGACGACGAGGAGGAGUGGGAGGCUCUGCAGCAGAGCAUCCAGCGGCGGGAGAAGGCCCUGCUGGAGACCAAGUCCAAGGUCACCCACCCGGUGUACAGCCUGUACUACCCCGACGAGAAGCAGGAGUGGUGGUGGCUCUACAUCGCCGACCGCCGCGACCAGGCGCUCGUCUCCAUGCCCUACCACGUGUGCACGCUCAAAGACACAGAGGAGGUGGAACUGAAGUUUCCAGCCCCAUCAAAAACAGGCAACUACCAAUAUUCAGUCAUCCUGCGUUCAGACUCCUACCUGGGCUUGGACCAGAUCAAACCUCUAAAGCUGGAGGUGCACGAGGCCAAGGCGGUGCUGGACAACCACCCCCAGUGGGACAUCCCAGAGACCGAGGAGGAAGACGAAGAGCAGGAGGACAGCGACGGCAUCGAGGAGAGCGAGGACGACGACGAGGACAACGACUGAAGGCGCACCGCCGCCCU